AUGGUGAUGGCCGCGGAGAUAGACGUUUCGAUGAGUGUGAGAGUGUUCGAAGAGUUAACUUUCACGAAGGCGGAGCCGCAUGGAAUAUUCUCAGUGAAGAUGUGUUUUAGCUACAACGUCUUAACUGGGCAUCCGAACAAGACGAAAGACUGGCAGCGUUCAUAUUUUUAUAUCAAGUCCGACGAGCAUGCCUUCACAGAGCCUCCUGGGGACGACUAUCGCGUUCUAUGGAAUAAAACACUUGUUCGCCACCCGAACACAAUCGCAUACCCGAAGAAAUUCUUCGAGAGUGCCCAGGCGAUCGUGGCUCACAGCCAUCUCAGUUGGCCUGAUCUUAGUCGAGAGUGGAUAAGGCGUCAAGAAGCUCGGAUUGCUAGAGCUGAGCUCGUUGAUCUUUCACCAAGAAUUGAUUGGGAGUCGAGGCUUCCUGUUGUACUCGGGCCCCGUAAGUCGCGCCUGUCACUUUUUACUCGGAAACAACAGAAGCUCCUAGACCAAGCUAGAAAGAUGGAUGGAGUUCCGGACUUGAGCGCGUUAUUGAAGGGGAAGCUUCAAUUGCUUUCGAAGAAGUCAACUCGUGCCAAUGUGCCAGGAUCGACUAGUUCUAACGGCGGUGGAGCUUCUGAAUGUGGUGGAGCUUCCAAGGAGAGAGCAUCCAGUUUAGUCGACGAGGGUGUUGGGGUAGAGCCUUCUGCUUCGAGUUUGGAAGCGAGGAAGAAAAAGGGAGGAAAAAAGAGGCCUCUGUCGAUCAAGACGAGGCGCCGGCAGGAGGGCGAGAAGGCGCUACAGAGGAUCUCGUCGAGACAGACCCGUCCGAGGCGGUGCCUGAGGAUCGUCCAAAAAAAGAAGAAGAAGUCUGUUGAAGCGGAGCCGCGUCCUUCUGCUGUUGAGGCGACACUAGUCGAUGUCGCCACGAGAGGUAGUGUUUCUCCCAAAACCCCUCUGGAGAAGAAGAGAGAGGUCUCAAUGCGAGGGAGUGGUUCUGGGAGUGAGCCUGCUGCGAGCGAGAGGUCUGCUCUUGAUCCGUCUGCGAGAAAAGGCUCUGUUCUGAAGUGCGCAGAUUUGACGCGCCAGAUUCGCGGUGGGACGAAGGAACUUCCACCGAUAGGAGACCUCUACUUCAAAGUCGAGUACGUCGACGCCGCCUUUGCGAGAGCACGGAGCGACGGGAGCAUGAAUUUCCUUGUUGAGAAAUACGAUAGCACCUUGAAGCAGACGAUGGUUCAACUGGGAGCUUCCGAGAAACUUGCUCAGGCGAGGCUGAAAGCUAUCGAAAGGGUAACGACUGAGCAUAAGAAAGCUAACGAGAAGGAUGCGAAGGAGAAAAAGGUUCUCCGAGUAAAAUUCGAGGAGCUCGAAGGCAAGCUCAAGUCCGAUAGGGCUGCGAAGAAAGAGCUUACUCGAGAGAAAGCUCGCCUAGAACAGGCCGUCGCGACUCUCGAGAAGGAGAAGGCCGAGCUUCUUGAAGAAAGGGAUGCUGCAGUGAAGAAGCUGAUCAAGGAAAGGCAGCGCCUGAAGGACUCGCGAAACUUAGAGGUUACUCGCGAAACGGAAAGGGUUGAGGCUGCUAUGACCGGUAAGGCGAAUCGCUGCUUUGGUCGUGUUCGCGACUACCUUGUUCGUCUCGACGCCUUGGGAAAGGCGAAAAGCUUAUAUGGUCAAGCCUCGGGGAUGAAGAAAUGCCUCGAGAUGAUAAGGGGUAGCUGGACGGAGAUACCGCAAGAGAUGAUAGACGUUUUCGCCGAGCAGGAGAAACUUCAUGAGGCCGAAGCCGCCAAUCUUCGUGUGACCCCGCAGUCUGACAGCGACCUUGCUCUCUCUCCGCUUUUCAUUCCUCCCCGCUUCGUCGAAGAGAGGUCUAAAUCAUCGUUUGACCCGUAUGGGUCGAAUGUGGACUUGAUCGGAUCAGAAAUGGCUUCGCAGCUUCAUACUUCGUGCGAGGUCGUCGAGGAUCAGUCCGGAGAACCGGUGGUGGGUGUCACGUCGGCCCCCGCAGAAAAAGCUGAUGCCCCGGGGGAGGAGAACCAUGAGAAAGACAAUCCCGAGACACGUGAUGCCUUGGUACAGGAGGAAAGGGCUGAAAACGUGAGUCUCCAAGACCUCGUUCUAGUCUCCGAUAAUUCUUCUGAGGGGCAAUAA